AAAUUCUCAUUUUCAACUCUUUUCAGAUUCCUUUGCAUUUGUUGUUUGUACGGAGUGCGGUUUUUUUAGAGAAGAAAAUGCAGGAGCCACCAUAACGAUUUUCUCAAGAACACCUUAUCCUGAUUGCAAUGAACUCGAUCCAUUAUUGGAAAUAAUUGAAAAUUGUGGAAUUCCUUUGUCAAGAUUGAUUAAAGUCGACCAAUCCAAUUGUGACAAUAAAUGUAGAAUUU